AUGGAUGAUGAACAACCGUUGAUCGAGGAUAAUCACUCUCUAGCUCAAACCAAUUCUAUGGUUAAAGCCAUGUCUCAAAUAACCCCACCCCAUAAUGUUUCCACGAUACAAACCAAUCCAGCCCCACUUUCAUUCAGAGAUGUCGUUGAUGGAUCCACCCUUUGGUUCAACGAGGCGAAGAAAAUCAAGGAUACAACCUUGGAAUGGGAAGAUCCGCCGUGUGAGCCACCUAAUUCAACCUCAUCAGUAACGUUUACAAAACCAAUUCUAGACAAGCUAAGAGAACCAUGGAAGUUGACGUUGAUGGGGAAGUGUUUAGGCAUUUAUGUUCGUCCUUCCUUCUUGACUCAAAGAGUGCGAAUCAUGUGGAGACCAAAAGGAAAUCUCGAAGUCAUUGAUCUAGGUAAUAACGUCUACCUAUUUCGGUUCUCUCUUGCUGAUGAUUAUGAGAAAGCCCUUCUAGGAGAGCCUUGGUUCAUUCUUGAUCAUUAUCUGAUGAUCACAAAGUGGAAGCCCAAUUUUAGACCAUCGACAAAUCCAUUCGAAUCAAUGACAGUAUGGAUAAGAUUCCCGGAACUUCCAGUUGAAUACUACGACAAACAAGCUCUUUUUGAAAUUGCUAAAGUCGUGGGUAACCCGAUUAGAGUGGAUUAUGCAACGAAUAACCUAACACGAGCAAGGUACGCAAGGGUAUGCCUUGAUUUAGAUUUAUCGAAAUCCUUAGUUACUUCUGUUUGGGUGGUUAGUCAAUGGCAAAGAGUUGAAUAUGAAAAUAUUCAUUCCCUUUGUUUCUCUUGUGGAAAAAUUGGUCACUCAAAAGAAAAGUGUGGCUCUGCUAUUUCCGCUUCCCAAGACAAGAUUCAUGCUGACCAUUCCCCAAAUGCCACAUCAUCAUCCACUAUACAAGCAUUGACUUUGCAAACCGUGUUACCUAACCAAGCCAGUCAUAUCUCCACCCAUGGUGAGAAUGCUUCAGCUGAAAAGAAUGAAACCCAAGGAGAAUAUGGGCCGUGGACUUUGGUCACAAACAAAAAAAAACACAAAACCAAAUAG